AUGAACACGCUCAACUACCUCAGCGCCCGCCUCCAGCGGCGCCGCUGUCCUGAUGCUGGGGCAACCUUACAGCCGGAGAUAGAUGAGUUCGCCAGGCUUGCAGAUCUCGUCGAACUGCAACGAUCCGAGAACCAGCGCCUUCGUGACCAAGCGCAGAAGGACGAGUCCGAGUUAGUAAAUCUUAAAACCCGCUUCGCUGAUCUACAGAAGUCGUUCCGGGAGGCCUCUAAUCGGAUCGAGUCCAUGACGGCUGAGGCUAAGAACUCCGAACAAGCCCAUCUACGCCAGCUACAGCAGUUCUACGGCCAAACAGACCAUGUCAAAUCCCUGGACACCGCCCUAGCGAAACAAAGGAACAAGAAUAAGGCACUCCAAAACCAGAUCAAGGCUCUGGAGGGCGCUGCCACCCUGCGUAAUGGUCUGGUCGCCGAGGCGGUGCAGAUGCGGGCUUUGCUUGCCGACGCCCACUUCGAGACUGAACGAUUGAGAUACGCCGCCAGAGGCCGCCUGGAAUGGGAAAUGGAAGAGAGAGACGAGGAAGACCCAGAGCCAGAGCUGAAAGCCCCCAGGCUCAGGAGCACGCCAGAAGCGCCGUAUGUAGUGCUUUUGUGGGCACCGAGCAUAUUCAGACAAGGCGGUAAACACCACCGACCGGGCACAUUCGCAGCGAAUGAGAUCUACCAGACCAUUUCCGACGACAUCGCAAAGAACCAUCCGGAGAUCGGUGCUGUCUACAAGAUUGUCGUACGUGUGUUCUUCAACGCAAGAGCCUCACAAACCAGACAAGGUACAUACUCGCAGUUCACCUACAACCCUGUGGAGUUCCGACGGCAGUUUGUGGAGACUUUCUUCCUGUUCGACUACAUUGAUGCUGGUCAGGGCAAGGAGCGGGUGGACUACAAGAUCCGGGAGAACUUCAAUCUGUGUGUCACCGAUCCACGCUGCCGCCAUAUCUUUCUAGCCGUCUGCAAAGACAACAGCUUCGCCCGAAUGCUCGAAGGCUAUCAACACGACGCGGCACGGCAAAAGCUCACUCUGGUGGCCCCUGGCUACGUUCAGUGGGAGUUGUGGGAUAUGCACUUUCGAACAGUCGUCUGGGCGAACGUGUUCCGAACACAACUGAUGCCGAAAGACUCGCUCGAAAAGCGCCGGCGACAGGUGUUGCAGAGCAGUCGGGAGGCCUCUGAGGCAUUGCAGUGGGAUACGGGGCUUGGUCACACGGGUACAGUGAAUAAGAUGUUGGCCUCGAAUAUCAUCUACAUGCUUGAUGAACAGUGGCAGGACAAGUUGGAAAACCGUGCCAGGGAGUACUCUGAGAGGUCCCGAGGCGUAUUUGCUCACGAGAUCUGCAGCAAGCUACCGGUCUUUGCUGGGAGUGUGGUGGAGGAAGUUGACUGA